AUGGCUUCUUCAUCAUCUUCUUCCUCAAUUAUCCUUCAAUCGAAAUAUGAAGUGUUCCUGAGUUUUAGAGGAGAGGAUACUCGUGAUACCUUUACUAGUCAUCUCUUUGCUGCAUUGUGUCAGAAACAAAUUCAAACCUUCAUUGAUGAUGAUAGACUUAAGAAAGGAAAUGAUAUUUCCCCUGCACUCACGAAAGCAAUUAAAGAAUCAAAGAUUGCAAUAGUAGUUUUCUCAAAGAACUAUGCUUUUUCCAAAUGGUGCUUGGAUGAACUUGUAGAGAUUAUUGAGUGUAAGAAAAUGAAUGGCCAAAUAGUUAUUCCAGUUUUUUAUCAUGUAAAGCCAUCAGAUGUACGGAAUCAAACUGGGAGCUUUGAGGAUGCUUUUCGAGGGCACGAACAAAGUCUGAAGGUUAUGCCAGCAAAAGUGCAAAGAUGGAGAGCUGCUUUGACUGAAGCAUCAAAUCUAUGUGGAAUGGAUUCAACGGUGAUAAAGCCAGAGUCUAAACUUUUAGCCGAGAUUAUCAAAGAAAUUUUGAAGCAAUUGAAUGAGGUAUCGCCCUCAAGUGAUUGUGAAGGCCUAGUUGGAAUUGAAUCACGCAUUGAUGAUAUAAAAUCAUUAUUACAUACUGAGUUGCCAGAUUUUAGAAUAAUAGGAAUGUGGGGGAUGGGUGGAAUUGGGAAAACAACUAUUGCCGGACUAGUGUUUAACCAACUUUGUAGUAAAUUUGAAGGUUGUUUUUUCAUUGCAAAUGUUAGGGAAGAAUCAAAAAGAUGUGGAUUGGUUCAUGUGCGAAAUCAAGGUCUUUCUCAAAUAUUAGAAGAAAACCUGAAAACAGGUUCUCCUGCUAUACCUGCACCUGUUAGGAGAAGGCUUCAACGCAAAAAGGUUUUAAUUGUUAUUGAUGAUGUACAUGAUUUAGGACAACUAGAAGUUUUAAUCGGAGGGCUUCCUCAAUUUGGUCCAGGAAGUAGGGUCAUUAUAACUGCAAGAGAUAAACAAGUGCUUUGUAGUUAUAGAGUGAACCACAUAUACGAAGUCAAGAGAUUAAAAGACAAUGAAGCUCUUCAACUCUUUUGUAAUUAUGCCUUUAAAACCAACCAUCCAGAUUUGGACCUUAAGGAGUUGUCAAAGAGGAUAACUGAUUACGCCAAUGGCAAUCCAUUAGCUCUUAAAGUAUUAGGUUCCUCCCUAUAUCAGAAGAGUAAACAACGAUGGGAAGAAGCAUUGUGUGAAUUAAAGAAAAAUUUCAAUCCUACUAUUUAUAAUGUGUUGAGAGUUAGCUACAAUGGACUGAAUGUUGAACAAAAAAGCAUAUUUCUAGAUAUUGCUUGCUUUUUCAAAGGCUGGAGUAUCAAUCUUGUAACAGACAUACUCAAUAGUUGUUACAGCUUUUCACAGCUUGGAGCUUGA